UUAAUAAAGUGAGGGCUGGACUAUAACUUCUUUAACAUUGGAGCGCCUGAAAAAUCAAGUCUCGUACUUUUUCUGUGGUCAAGUGGCUUUACAUCGAAUCCGGAAUCCGUAAGAAUGGCUGUGAGAAGGUUUUACGACCUGACAGUUAAGCUGCUGUCUGGAGAAACGUUCAGUUUGUCUGCCCUUAAGGGGAAAGUUGUUCUCAUUGAGAAUGUCGCGUCUCUCUGAGGAACAACAACCAGGGACUACACACAGAUGAACGAGCUUCACUCUCGUUACUCCGACAAGGGACUCGUUAUUCUGGGUGUGCCCUGCAAUCAGUUUGGGCAUCAGGAGAAUUGCAAGAAUGAUGAAAUCCUAAGAUCUCUGAAAUAUGUCCGUCCAGGGAAUGGCUUUGAACCAAAUUUCCAGCUUCUUGAGAAGGUGGAUGUGAAUGGAAAAGAUGCCCAUCCCUUGUUUGUGUAUUUAAAGGAAAAGCUCCCAUCCCCCUGUGACGAUGCCAUGGCUCUCAUGAAUGAUCCAAAGUUCAUCAUUUGGAGUCCUGUCAGUAGGAACGACGUCUCCUGGAACUUUGAGAAGUUCCUGGUCAGUCCUGAUGGGGAGCCCUACAAACGCUACAGCAGGAAUUUCCUCACCAUUGACAUUGAGGCAGAUAUUAAAGAGCUGCUAAAGAGGGUCAAGUAAACUUCAUGGCCGUUGGAGAGAUAGCCUAUCAGUUAUGACCAGCCUGACCAAAAAGAGUAAUCAUUAGUCACACAUCUAUUUUGACAUGUAAUCAUGGUUUCACAGUUAAAGCAGCACUCCUAAAAAAUGUGAUAUGUCAACUGCAGUACACUAUGGUUGUUCAGCAUGUUUACUCUAUGAUGACACUCCUUGAAACCUUUUUUGUGAGGGGAGUUUCUGAUGCAUAUGUAAAAGCCUGUCUAUGCCAUUGUGUAGGCCAUAACUCAUAUCACAAAUAUCUUCAUUGAGAUGACUUAAAGAAGAGAAAAUAAACAUUUUAUGUCACAA